AUAUGUCUGCGCCCUAAACGUGCCACAGUUUUUGUUACUAGUGUAAACUUUAUGGGCAACGAGGUGAUUAUAUGUGUAAUCUAUUGACUCGGGGAGAACAAUUUUUCUGACACUGCAAAUGGUGACGUUUUGAAUUGUCUAAGGUUAUUAAACCAUAUCACGUAUCGUGUAAUUUUCAUGGCAAGUUGUCGUGGAGCCACAUCGCUAGUCGUGUUCCCAACUCACGAGGCCACCACGAAAUGGAAAUGGGCACUCUCAGUAUUGGUACAUGAUCAUAUAUUACAUUAGAUAGCAAUCAACAACCUAAGUACAGAUGGAGGUGAUCAGUAUUGUAGGACUCAGUGUGUUGAUCUUCCUCUAUAUAGUGAUUCUAGUCGUAGGAAUUGUUGCCGCAAAGAAAUUCCGCCCUGUAGAUGGCUCUACUGACACAGAGAUCUCUGCAGUAGCUGGCAGGAAGAUAAACAGUGUGGUGGGCGUGUUCACCAUGACAGCCACAGUGGUGGGAGGAGGUUUUCUCAAUGGCACAGCCGAGUCAGUUGCCAGUCAGGGAGUCAUAUGGACCCUGGCUCCAUUUGGAAUCUUCCUAGGACUGAUACUUGGUGGUCUUUUCUUUGCCAAACCAAUGAGGGACCAGAGAUACCUGACCAUGCUUGACCCCUUUCAGCUUCUCUAUGGGGACACGGUGACCGGAAUGCUGUACAUCACAGCUCUGUGUGGGGACAUCUUCUGGUCAUCCUCCAUACUGGCCGCUCUUGGCACCAGUCUAAGUGUCAUUGUGGACCUGGAUGUCACACUGUCAAUCAUAGUGUCAGCAUGUGUCACUGUCACAUACACACAGUUUGGCCAGAUGUUAGCAGUGGCAUAUACAGACAUAGUGCAACUUGUCUUCAUUGUUGUCGCCAUGGUGAUUUCAGUGCCUUUUGCCCUGACCCAUCCCUCUGUGGGCAGCAUCGUGGAAACUGCCUCAGAGUGGGGAGGAGAAUUGGAUGCCAGCCUGGGAGCUGCAUGGGUGGAUUUGUUCAUCGCAAUGACCUUGGGCAGCAUCCCCUGGCAGUCGUACUUCCAGAGAGUGCUGUCAGUGAAAGGGUCUUCCGAGGCCCAGGUCCUCUCUGUUGUAGGAGGGGUGGCAGCACUGGUCAUGGCUGUACCCCCCUUGCUACUGGGGGCGGUGGCUAGGUCUGCAGAGUGGAAUACAACAGACCUGGGUUCAUCCCCCAUGGACAGAAAUGAAUCCAGCUUGGUCCUUCCUUAUGUCAUCCAUUACUUCACUCCACCAGCUGUAGCAGUUAUUGCCCUGGGUGGUGUCUCGGCUGCAGUAAUGAGCUCUGCAGACAGCUCAGUCCUGGGCUCCAGUUCAAUGUUCACACACAACAUUUACAAUAAAGUAUUCAGAAAGAAGGCAUCAGAGGCAGAGCUUCUGUGGGUUCAGCGAAUCACAGUGGUAGGUGUGGGUGUCAUAGCAACCACCAUGGCCAUAUUUGUCCACACAGUAUACUUCCUGUUCAUCCUGGCGGCAGACAUCGUCUUUGUGAUCAUCUUACCUCAGCUGAUAUGCGUGGUAUAUCUUAAAAAGCACACAAACACAUAUGGAGCCAUAGUUGGUUAUAUAGUCGGACUUUUACUAAGACUUGGGGCAGGAGAGAGCUUCAUACAUUUGCCGGUGUUUAUAAAAUAUCCAUUUUACAGCGAAACCAGCGGGCAGCUGUUUCCUUUUAGAACUUUUGCCAUGCUAGUCUCUUUGCUGACAGUUGUGGUUGUUUCUUGCCUCGCCAAAGCUGCGUUUUCAAAACAUGUUGUGUCUGAAAAAUUGGAUAUUUUUCGCUGCUUUGCUGACAGGAAGAAUGUUGAAAAUAGUACCAGUUUGAAAAGAAACAGAGCUGAAGACGAGCCUCGGUGGAGAGAUCCAUCGGCAGGUGUCAGCAGAGAGGAGUUGAUCCAAGACAGACCCAAUUACGACUCUUACGAGAUGGAAUCAAGUCACCUGUAAAAGUUUACAGUUUUUUAUCCAUUGGUGCUAUUUUGAGUAAAGUUAUUAAAGGGUUUUUUUUUAUUAUAAUAUGUAAUAAUUUUAUAGGAUUUAUGUUAUUGCUUUCAUGCAAUCAAAUCUUGAAACAUGUACCAUUUACAUAUUUUCCUUGCAGUCUUAAUUAUGCAUUGAACCUUGCAUUUCAAAAUCAUGCCAAACAUCAAUGUUUAUUAUGCCAGGUAAAUUAUUAGUGAAGGCUUCCAUUAAUGAUACAAUUUUGUAUGUGUCAUUGAUUAUAGUGAAAACAUUUUAUGUGUUUGUUUCCCAAAACAUUCCGAAGCAUUCUAUUUACUGUUUUUAUUAUUGAGGAAUAUUUAAAAUGCUUCAUUUUCUUAUAAACAUCAGCAUAUCAGUGUGUGGAAACUGGCUCUUUAACAAUGAUGGUUAACUUUGUAAUAUCUGAUGAUGAAUUUUCAUACAAGUUAAAGCACAGGUAAAAUGGUCUUAAUCUUUUUCCAUUCAUUUAAUUCCAAUUAUUCAUUUUCUUACACAGAUAAAACUAAUAUAAUUUCUGUAUUAAGAUGACAAAAUGAUAUCAGAGCUAUAUCUAGGAAUUUGUUCUUCCUCAAACAAAAUAUUAUCCAGAUAAUUUUUGAAGCAUUGCAGUGGAAGUUUUUCUUGUUUUUCUUCUUCUAUU